UCGGGGAGGAAAAGAAAUGGGCGUGGUUCUGCUGCCUGUCGUUGUCCGUGGUCCUGAAACAGACAGAGAGUUUAAUAUCCUUGUCUUUUAUUUAUGUGUGUUUGUUCCGCCACGUUCUGUCGGUGUGCUCGAGCCCUCAGUGUGUGUGUGAGGUGUGUGUGUGUGUGUGAGUGUGUGUGUCUCCGGUACCGGGACACGGCGGCGGCGGCGCGCUGUAGAGGAUGGAGUCCUCGGUUCCUCUCCGCUUUACUCUUCUGCUGCUGCUGCUGUUCCGCCUAAACACCGCGAGCCGCAAACACGGAUGUCUCUUUGAGGAUGAUCUGUGUGAGCCACAUGAGGUUUGCAUCAAUGACGGAGUGUUUGGCCAGUGUCAGCUCUUUCCUGUUUCAGAUCUUUACAAGUAUGAGGCAUCUCCAGCGGCACUGCAGCGUCUGAGGAACCUCCUUCAACAACUUGCCCAGCAAGGUUAUACAUGGCAGGAUGAGGCUAUGCAGCAGGUAGUUUCCAGGGAACUGCAAGCGUUGCCUAAGACCCCCGUACGCCGCCUCGGGAAAAACAUUACACCCUUUAAGUUGCGGGCCCAGAAUAGUGAUGGCUACAACAGGAAGGACCUACAUGACCUUGGCUUCUUAUCUGCAGAUACAACUUCCUUUAAACAUGACCUUCAAGGGAAGUACAAAUUUAAAGGAAUAUCUGAUCUCAUGGAUCUGAUCUCGGAGCCAAAAGAAAGGCCACGGCCACCACCUUUUGCCUCCUUACUCCAUCCUGAUCGAGGACCUAAAAACUCCUUCUGGACUCGAGUGAAACCUGUGACCCAGACCAAAAUCCAGGACCAAAAUGGUCUUCUAUUUGAGCUCCAGGAGUACCUGUCUAUCCCAAAAGAAAAAGGUCCUCAUCAGGAGCACAUCAAGUACCUUGGUCUUCAGAACAGCUUUCUUGUCAAAGCAGGGACAGGUGCAGGUGCUUCAAGGCAACCUCCUCAACCCAGAAUCAACAAACUGCUCUUUUGGUCUGGAGGAAGCCAACCAAAAUCUCAAGACUCGCUAAGCUCAGUGGAUGAAAAGUUCAUCCAAGGUGUCGUGAAGCAGCUCGGACAGCAAAGCGUAAACACCAUGACCCCGAGCGACUUCGACCAGCUCUCGAAGGUAAUCACUCAGGCCCUGCAGGUGGUGGAUGAUGCAGAAGGGGUUAAAAGUCGCGAGGUUGUUGAUGAUGCUGAGAUGAAGAGGGAGCCAGGGACAUGGGGACGGCUUGGAGAUAAGUCUGGAGAGAAGUUCAUGCCCAAAGACGUACACCAGGAGGGACGAGGGUCCACGCUGGAUGGAGAGGACAAACUUUUUAUCACUCAGCUCUUGGACUUCCUGGACAAGAACUCAAGCCCUGAGGCUACAGAUCAUCCCCAGGAUAAAACAUCUCUUCUGGGUUCCUCCAAUCUCCCCCAAAGCCCUGCAGGUCUGAAGUCGUCUGGAGUGGAGUUUGUUCAGAGUCGAACCAUCGAGACUAACAUGGACUUGACGAAAAAGAAGAUGAAGCCAGACACGGUGGAGGUGCAGGGAGACACAGAGGUGGAGCAGUGGCUCCGUGGUGAGGACGCUCUGGACGCAGAAGCUCAGAAGAAGGAGACCAGUGAAGAAGAAGAGGAUUUGGAGAAGGAAGGUGGACAAGUGGAGAAGAAGUUUAGGGUGGAUGUGACGGCCUACUCGAGCGAGCGUGAUGGAUACUUUGGAUACAUCGUCACCCAGGACUCUCUUUCCACUGAUCAGGGUCUUAACCUGAUGGAGACCUUGGCUAAGCGAGCUAAGCUACGUGUGACCGAUUUCCUCCAGCUCUCGGUUCUGGGUCCUGCAGUAACAUUCAGACUGAAGCCCAACGCUGGGAACAUCACCACAGGCCUGCUGGCUCGAGUGGCAGUUGAGCAGAAAGGGCAGUUGGAGAAGGAGAGCGGUGUGAAGAUUUUAGAAGCCGGACUGAGUGAUAGGUCCAAGAUGAACCACAUCCCCAUGGUCAAGCAAAGCCACCUUGAACCGAGCAACUUCCUGGUUCUGGUCCUGGUCUCAAUGGCAUUUGUUGCCGUGGUGCUCGGCCUGUCAGGGGCGCUCUUCUGCAUGCGCCGACGCUCCGGCUACGAGCUGAAAGAGAAGGUGGUCGGCAUGGCAACAGACACGGGGAACGAUGCCACGGCGACCUAUCAGGAUUUGUGUCGUCAGCGUAUGGCAGAACGCAGCUCGGAUGUUUUCCAUCACACCACACACACGUCCCGCAUCAACAGCGUGUCAUCACAGUUCAGUGACGGGGCGACUCAGAGUCCAUCAGCACGGAGCAGCACGUCAUCAUGGAGCGAGGAACCUGCACACAGCAACAUGGACAUCUCCACAGGACACAUGAUCCUGGCAUAUAUGGAGGACCACCUGCAGAAUCAGGAUCGUCUGGAGAAGGAGUGGGAAGCUCUGUGUGGAUAUCAGGCCGAGCCGGCCGCUUGCUCUGCAGCUCAGGAUAAAAACAACGCCAAGAAGAACCGGCCGAACAGCGUCCUCGCGUAUGAUCACUCCAGGGUGACUCUGAAGGCUGAGAACAACCAGAGCCGCUCGGACUACAUCAACGCCAGUCUCAUCAUGGACCAUGACCCUCGUAACCCAGCCUACAUCUCUGCUCAGAGCCCUCUCUCGUCUACAGUGCCCGAUUUCUGGCAGAUGGUGUGGGAAAGCGGCUGUGUGGUGAUAGUCAUGCUAACACCAUUAUCCGAAAACGGAAUCAAACAAUGUCACCAGUACUGGCCAGAUGAAGGCUCAGACCUGUACCAUAUCUAUGAGGUAAACCUGGUGUCAGAGCACAUCUGGUGUGAGGAUUUCCUGGUGCGCAGUUUCUACUUGAAGAACAUCCAGACCAAUGAAUCACGUACCGUAACGCAGUUCCACUUCCUGUCCUGGAUGGAUCAGAAUGUUCCAGAGUCAGCUCGGACCUUGCUGGACUUCCGUAGAAAGGUUAACAAGUGUUACAGGGGACGCUCGUGUCCAAUAAUCAUCCACUGCAGUGAUGGAUCAGGGAGAAGUGGAACAUACAUCCUGAUUGACAUGGUUCUGAAUAAAAUGGCUAAAGGUGCGAAAGAAAUUGAUAUUGCUGCCACUCUGGAACAUCUGAGAGAUCAGAGAGCAGACAUGGUGCACACUAAGGAGCAGUUUGAGUUUGCGCUGACCGCCGUAGCCGAGGAGGUGAAUGCCAUUCUUAAAGCUCUGCCGCAGUGAAAAGCUGCUCUACACACACACACACACACACACACACACACACACACACACACACACACACA